AUGUGGCUGUUUCUGGUAAUUGCAUGUUUAAUCCAGCAGACUACGAAUUCAGAAGAAUGUUUCAGCAGAACUCAUUUGAAUCCUGAAGGAUUCAUGACAAUUCCUGAAAUUAUCCAGUACUGGGGGUAUCCAAGCGAAGAGUAUAAAGUUCUGACUGAAGAUGGCUAUUACCUUCAGUUAAACAGGAUUCCUCAUGGAAAACGCUCUUCACAGAAGGAAGGGUCCAGACCAAUUGUUUUAUUGGUACAUGGUUUUCUCUGGGAAGGGAGAUGUUGGAUUGCAAAUCUUCCUAGCAACAGCCUGGGAUUUUUUCUAGCAGAUGUUGGCUAUGAUGUCUGGAUAAUAAAUGUUAGAGGGACCCUUUGGUCUAGAAAACACAAGGAAUUUUCAAUUGACCAGCAAGAAUUCUGGGAAUUCAGUUUUCAUGAAAUGGCAAUUUAUGAUAUACCCGCAACAAUAAAUUUCAUCCUGCAGAAAACAGAACAAGACUGUUUAUAUUAUGUUGGCCAUUCCCAAGGAGCAGGAAUAGGUUUUAUUGCUUUUGGGCUCCUCCCCUACCUCUCUGACAGAAUAAAGCUCUUUAUAAGCAUCACACCCACCUACACCCUGCAAGGUUCUCGUGGAACAUUUGCUGUACUAGGAAAAAUUCCAGAUGGAAUUAGAGAAAAAAUAUGGGGCACUAAAGAAUUUUGCAUUUCUAAUGAGAGAAUAAAAUCCAUCAUGGUCUAUACAUGCAGCUAUCCACUGAUUGACCACCUUUGCCUCCAAAACAUUUUCCUUAUAGGAGGCUAUAAUGAGAAAAACUUAAAUGUGUGUCGGGCAGAUGUAUAUGCUGGGAUCAAUCCUGAUUACACAUCUGUAAAAAAUAUGAAUCACUGGAGCCAGGUUAUACGUUCUACGGAAUUUAAAUAUUAUGACUAUGGUUAUAAGAACAUAGUAGUAUACAAUAUGACAACUCCUCCAUUUUAUAAAAUAGAAGAUGUUACUGUGCCAGUAGCCGUGUGGAGUGGAGGAAACGAUAUUGCUACAAAGACUCGUAAUGUGGAAUCAUUGCUUUCUCAAAUCCCUCAUUUAGUUUUCUAUAAGAAUAUUCCUGACUGGGAACAUUUUGAUCCAGUCUUGGGUUUGGAUGCUCCACAACGUUUCUAUCCUGAUGUGCUUGAAUUGAUGCAGAAGUACAAGGAUUGAUAUCAGGGUUGGAGUCUCUGGCAAAACAAAAGCAACAUCAUCUCAGAUGUCGAUGGAGAUUCUCAGUCUUCCAGGUCAUGGUUCAUUUUUGGAACAAC